AUGUCCUGGCAAGGUGAGCAGCUCGAGGCGUCGAGUUUGGAAGAAUACGUUGACACCAGCCUCGUCGGCACUGGUAACAUCGACAAGGCCCUCAUCUGCGACAUCGAGGGCUCAACUGCCUGGGCCGCCUCCGCCGACUUCUCGCUGUCCGCUGAGGAAAGGGCCGCCAUCGCCAAAUCCUUCAACGACAAGUCAGAGCCCAAGAAGGUCAUCUCGGAAGGUGUCAAGGUCAACGGUGUCAAGUACAUGACCAUCGAGGCAAGCGACGACUCGCUCAAGGCGAAGAAGGGAAAAGAGGGCAUCGUCGCUUUCAAGACUACCCAAGCCGUCAUCAUCGCCCACCACCCCGACACCAUCCAGACUCCCAACGCCUUCAACUCCGUAGUUGAGCUCGGCGAGUACCUGAAGAAGCACGGAAUGUAA